AUGAUGGCGCUGGAUACUGUCCACCUAAUUCUUACGGUGGCACUGGAUACCAGCCAUGCGGGAAUCAGAUGGGACAAAGGUGAUUUGGGACCGAGAGGUGAGCCGGGCCCAGAGGGGAAACAAGGCGAAGAUGGGCCAAAGGGAAAUGAUGGCGCCAAAGGCGACAAGGGCGAUAGGGGUGAGAAGGGUGACGGUGGUGAGAAGGGUGAAAAAGGUGACAGUGGUGAGAAGGGUGAGAAGGGCGACAGUGGUGAGAAGGGUGAAAAAGGUGACAGUGGUGAGAAGGGCGAUAAAGGUGACAAGGGUGACAAGGGUGACAAAGGUGAUAAAAAUGGCAAAGACGAAAAAGGUGAAACCCAACGUCCUAACGAUACCACAACUCAACAAGGCUUGUCCCUCUCGGAGCUCGAAGCGCUUCGGCUUUGCCAGCCCAAGUCAAAUACCGAUGGCAAAGAAGUCAAGGUUGGUGACGUGACAUACAAGAUAACCUGUCGGCGAGUCAUUGCCGGAGAAAAGUACAGUGUCUUCAACACGCAUCGUCUCGAAGAAGCUAUGGUCAUUUGUUCAACCCUGCCCGGCUGUGAAGCAGUUGGUGCUAGCGGCAGCUCCAUCGUCACAUGGAAUCCCAAUCGAGAUGUCGAAACAGCUCCAUCGCCCGAAGGAAUAGUUGCUGUCGCAAUGCAAGCUCGGCCAUCGAAAGAGAUUCCUCAAAAUAUCCAGAAGGCGCGAAAGAGCGAAUGCCCAGAUAUCCAUGGAUCAACAUUGGAUGUGGGUGGUGUCAAAUAUGAGAUCUUUUGCACAAGCAAGAGGAACACGAUCAAGGACCCUGUGAAGACAAUGAGUGCGGAGAAAAAUCUUUUCGAAUGUCUCGCAUUAUGCUCUUCAGAGUCCAGUUGCAGAUUUAUUGCGCCAACGGGCCCUACGCUGAAGUGUUCAAUUUCUGACAGGCAGGAAUCAGGGUUUGAAAACGAUAAAGGAGAGAGUAGGAUCUAUUGGGUUGCUCGUGCCAUCGAUAGGAGUUGA